AUGGAUUUUGAAAAUGCUGGUAAUGAAAAUAAUCAAAAUCAAUUAUCUCAACACCAACAACAACAUCAUCAUCAUCAUUCUCAAAUGAAUGCAAAUUCAGCUUUACUAUUAGUUCGUUUUUUAAAUUGUUUAGGAAAAGCUGCUGUUGGAAUUGCUUAUUAUGUUGAUUGUACCGUAAAAGAUAAACUUCUUCGUCGAAAAGAAGCUAAAUUAAUGCAAUAUAAAAAUAUUGUUGAACAAAUUCUUCUUCAUCAAAAUGAAUAUUAUGAAGAAACAUUACAAUUAAGUGCAACAAUAUGUUUCUGUAAAUUUAUGUUAUUAUCUGUUAAAUUAUGUGAAAAACAUGCAAAAAUUUUAUUUGAUUUAUUAAAAUAUUCGACAUUUGAAAGUGUUCAAGUUGGUAUUUUGGUUUUAAUGAAUGAUUUUUAUUUAAAAUAUCCAUCAUCAUUUGAUGCUUAUUCAAAUGGUGUUUAUAAUUGUUUACAUAAUCCAUUAUAUAAUGUUCGUUUAGUAGCAUUAAAAACAAUAUCAGAUUUAAUUCUUAAAGAAAUGAUGAAGUUAAAAGAUCAAAUAAGUGAAAUAGCAUUAUGUAUUAUUGAUAAACAUCCUCAAAUAGCAACAUUAGCGACAUCAUUUUUUAGUGAAUUAGCUAAACGUCAACAUGGCCAAGCAUUAUUUAAUAUUUUACCAGAUAUAUUUUCAAAUUUAGUUGCCGGUAAAUUAGAUGAGCAACGCCAAUUAAAUGAAGAAGAUUUUAAAUCUAUUAUCAAAUUUUUAUUUCAAUAUAUUUCAUAUGGUGAUAAUCCUCAUUUAUGGUGUGAUCUUGCUUAUAUCAUGUCAAAAUUAAAAUUUAAUGAACGAACAUUAAAAUGUUUACAUGAUCAUUAUAAUUAUUAUGCAGAUAAAUUAGUUGAAGAUGCUGUUUAUGAAUCAUUUUUAACGAUUCUUAAUAAUGCAAAACAGAAUUUAGGAACUAAACCUGAUUUAAAAGUUGUAUUUGAUGAAUUAUCGACUCGUAUUGAACAUGCAAGAUCAUCAAAUGGAAUUUUAAUUGCUGUACAACAAGCACAACAAAAAACAAAACAACAAUCAAAAGUUGCUCGUGCUAGUGGAGCGAAGAAAGGUAAACAAACAAAAAGUCGUAGUAAAGCAAAAGCAAAACAAUCUGAUGAUGAUUUAAAAGAAAAUGAUGGCGACGAUGAUGAUGAUGAAAAUGAAUUUAAACGACCAAUGAGAAAAGAACCAAAAGUGCAAACAAUAAGUCGAUCAAAACGUGGUGCGGACGCGUAA